AGAGAUUGCGAUUUUUUUUUUUCCGUAGGUUGAAGCGGUUGAAGUGUAGGAAGGUGGUUGCAGAGUUGCAGAGGGUAUAGUGGUGCUGAGGUUUGUUGUAACGGCAAUAAUUGUGUAACAGACGUGAGCGUAGUGACAUGAAUGUAUUAUCAGUUCUUGUGCCAACAGGUGGGGAAUGUGAAUAAGUUCUGAAAGAUACAGUUGUUAGUACUUCCCGGAAUAACUGAUUUAUCUAGUGUUACUUGUGUUGGGAGCCCUUUGUCGGAACAACAUUAAAGCAUGAAUAAUUCGCAGCAAGUUCCGGCAAGUUCAGUUCAGGAAUACUCAAUUCGUGUUCCAAAGAACACAAAGAAAAAGUACCAAGUCAUGAGGUUCACUUCAUCGGUAAAUGUAGACUUUGGCAAAUGGACGCAGGUGAAGAUGGAACGUGAGAAUAAUAUGAAGGAAUUCCGCGGCACUGAGGAAGAGAUGCCAAAGUUUGGUGCUGGCAGCGAGUUUGGCCGAGAUGCUCGUGAGGAGGCCCGCAGAAAGAAAUAUGGCAUUGUGAGCCGCAAAUAUCGUCCAGAAGAUCAGCCAUGGAUCCUGAAAAUUGGAGGAAAGACUGGCAAAAAGUUCCGUGGCAACAGGGAGGGUGGGGUGGCUGAGAAUGCAUCAUACUAUGUUUUCACACAUGCGCCAGAUGGUGCUAUUGAAGCAUUUCCACUCCAGGAGUGGUAUAACUUCCAGCCUAUCCAACGUUACAAGUCACUUACUGCUGAGGAAGCAGAGGAGCAGUUUGGCAGGCGCAACAAACUGGUCAACUACUUUUCCCUCAUGUUGCGACAACGGUUGCGACCUGGUGAUGAGGAUGGUGAUCCUGAGGAUCCAGAGGAGGGCAAAACCAAAAAAUCAUCUGCUGGAAGCAAGAAAGAACUGAAGAUAUCUGACAUGGAUGAGUGGAUACAGUCUGACGAUGACUCUGAUGAUUCAGACUCAGUAGAUGAGAAGAAUGACAGAGAAGAGAAAGAGGACAAGGAUAAGAAGAAGAAGACCAAGAAAGGGGAGGAAACGAAGAAGAAAAAGAAGAAGAGGGACUCUGAUGAUGAAGCAUUUGAAGAGAGUGACGAUGGCGAUGAGGAGGGACGGGAACUUGAUUAUAUCUCCGAUUCAUCAGAUAGUGUUUCAGAACCUGAGCAACUUGCCAACAAGGAGCUGAAAGGGGUUGCUGAAGAGGAUGCACUCAGAAAAUUGUUGUCUUCUGGUGAGGAGGAUGAAGAGGAGGAAGAGGAGAAGAAGGAUGAUGACAAGGACAGUGAAGGAGAGCAGAAGAACGGUAAGGUUGAUACUGAGCGGGCCAGUGGUGGACAGAACAACAAGGAGAAGGACAGCACAAAGAAGGGGCUGGGGGCCAGUGCGGGUGCAGCAUCUGCAGCAGGGGGCUCAAGCAAGAAGAAGAAGAAGAAGAAUAAGAAAAAGAAGAAGAGGGACCAUCCAUCUGGGGCAGGGAGCUGUGGGAGUGCCAAGAAGGCUGGCAAGAAAGACGAUUCUCGUGACUCAUCCAGUGAUUUUAGCUCAGACAGCACAGAUUCUGAUGACGACAGCAAGAAGAAGCAACUAAAGGAUACAAAGAUCAUAAGGGAACCGAGCAGUGGAGCGAGCUCUCGGUCAGGAACCCCAACGAAAGACGGUCUUGAAGGUGGAAAACGGAAACUAAGUGCAACACCAGAGCCCGGAGUAUCGCACGCUGCUGCUCACAGUAAGAGGGCUCGGUUAGACAACUUCUCAUCUGCGGCUCUGUCUCCAUAUUACAAUGCUGGAAAUCCAGGAAGCAGUGACUCGGGUAUAACGGAAGACGCAGUGCGACGCUACUUGAUGCGGAAGCCAAUGACCACCACAGAACUGCUACAGAAGUUUAAGUCCAAGAAGACAGGUUUAACGUCUGACCAACUUGUGAACGUCAUGACCCAGAUACUGAAGAGGAUAAAUCCAGUGAGGCAGACAAUCAAGUCAAAGAUGUACCUCUCGAUCAAGGCCUGACAUCAUGUGGCGUGCAUGAAAGAUAUGCAUUCCUUUGUACAAACAUUUUGGGGGGAAGCAUGUGACCUAUAUACUUCUUAUUUUGUACAGUUACUUUUGUUAAUGUGUGGUAAGUUGUGCAGUAAUGGGAGUGAUGCAUGGAAGAGCUGGUUAUGUAGAACACCGUGUUUGUCUUUAUUUUAUUAAACUCGUGAGAGUGAG